CGCCCCGAAGGAGGGUUCUUGCCUUGUUUCAUCCGGAACGGCUCCGGUCGCUCUCCCGGCGACUGUACUUAAAACCACGGACGCGGCUUCUCCCCAGGGCGUCCCUUGGAUGGAAUCCGCGGGAGCGCUUCUGAUAACAGCUCUUGAAUCCUAGUCGAGGACCUUCUGAUGUUCCCUACUGACUGGAGCCUUCGUCCUUCCCCAGAAUGCCCUUUUCGGCCAGCACCACUGAGCGCAGCUCUGAAGACACCAUGGCUUCAGUGCCUGAGGAUUUCCAGCAGGUCCUUUCCAUCGACCAGAUUUGUGCCAUCCGUGCCACCAAUGACUACGUGGAGAGGCCUGCCUCCUCCAAGCAAGCUCCCUCCACCCCUUCUACACCCCAGUCACAAGCAGCCGACAAGCAGGAGGUGGCUCAGGAACGCCUGGUGCCCACCACCUUCCAGGACCUUCAACCUGGCCAGCCACCCCUCCAGCAGCCUCUGAGCCAUUCCAGCACUGCCAGCUCCAUCUCCCACAGCACCACAGCCUCAGAGCAGAGGCUACUCAGCAGCAUCACACCGUCGCACUCUGGGCACUCACUCGUCCGGACGCAGCCCCAAGUAGGCAACCCAAAGCCUGAGGAGCUGCAGAAGGGGACAUCUGAGAAGUCUCGUGUCCUCCAUGCUGGCCACCUCUUCAUCUGCGAAGAAUGCGGCCACUGCAAGUGUGCCCGCUGCAUGGCAACACGCAGCUUGCCUUCUUGCUGGCUUUGCAACAAGCGCUGCCUCUGCUCACCAGAGAACCUCAUUGACUAUGGGACUUGCCUCUGCUGUGUCAAGGGCAUUUUCUACCACUGCUCCUCAGAUGAUGAGGACACCUGUGCCGAUGACCCCUGCUCUUGUGGCCCGGGAUCCUGCUGUGCCCGCUGGGCUGCCAUGAGUUUUCUCUCCUUGCUCAUGCCCUGCCUGUGCUGUUACUUUCCCACCUUGGGGUGCCUCAAACUUUGCCAGCGGGGCUACGAUGCCUUUAAGCGGCCUGGUUGUCGCUGCCAGAACCACACCAAUACUGUCUGCAGGAAGAUCUCCUCCACAUCUAGUGGAGCCACUCUCCCCAAGACUUUGGACAAGCCAGUAUGACUUCCCACAGGA